UCUUCCAUCUGAACCCCAAAAAGCUCCAGAGAUAAGUGCAGCCUGAGGAACGUGCUGGGAGAGGGGCCUGUCUGCUCACUGCCUUGGCGAGCUUCAUCCGGACUUCGUAGAAAUGGGGGCAGGCAUUUAGUCCAAAUGGGCAGAGUCGGGCCAGCCGGGGACAGGGAGCAGCCACGGCCCAGAUGGCCACCCCAGAAGAGCCAGCGACUAUCCCCAGCCUGAGAUGCCAGAUGGCCACUGGUCUCUUCUCCUAGAGGCCCGCACCGGUGCCGCCAUGGGGCUGAAGCUGUCCUGUCUGAAAGGCUUUAAAAUGUGUGUCAGCAGCAGCAGCAGCCACGACGAGGCCCCCGUCCUGAACAACAAGCACCUGGACGUGCCCAACAUCAUCAUCACCCCCCCGACCCCCACAGGCGUGAUGCUGCCAAGGGACUCCAGGAGGACAGUCUGGCUGGAAGACACGGGGUCAUGUCCAGAGGAUGGCGAAAUAGACCCUGAAGCCUGAGAAGGAGGCACAGGUCAGGGAUUUGUUGGCUGCGGCUCCUGCUCUGGCCAUCCCUCAUCCCACUCAUCCCCAAGGGGGUGUGGCCGUCUGGGACAGAUGUGCCGAGUAUGCUGGAUGGGAGAGCGAUUUCGGCACUUAACCAGGAGAAGUGUGGCAAGAUGAGCAAAGAAUCAGCCCUGCAUGCUUCCAGAAUGAUGUUUCCCUGGCCCUGUUGAGUGGACCGGACCUCUGAUGCCUGCACGUGUUUGCUGCCCCCAGGGCCAUGGUGACGGCCAUCAGGGUGCCAGGGGAGGCUUUCUUCUGGACAAACACAUGCCCAGCAGCACCCUGGGCCAUGCAGUCAGUGCCCAGGAGAUCAACACACACAAGAACUUCUUGCAAAGGAGUGGCUCCAUUUUUUACAAAUCGUUUUACAGGUAUCGAAACAGUUCAAAGGUGAUUUAUAAUUUUUUUUUUUUGCAUUAUAAAUAAAGGUCCUCUGGAAUGAA